AUAUAAUACUAGUGUUUAGUUAAAGAGCAGAAGAGCUCACAAAAUUGAAAUGGAUCUCUGAAAAGCCAUCAAUCUUGUCCUUUGCACAACUCCAAAGGAUCACCUACCUAUUGGCCUUGCCAACUUCUCCAUUGGAAAACCCCCAAUAUAUAAACCCUUCUCCAUCUUUCUCCUUUCAGAGUUUUUCUCCCUACACACAAAUUGAUAGAAUCAUUUGAUCUGAUCAUGGCUCAUUCAACUAUCUCUCAGGUGUCAGUUGCUGUUCCUCUCCAAACGGAUUCUUCUUUCCGAAGAUCUACGUUUAAGGCUACAAGCUUAACAUUCAGUGAUAAAUCAUGCAUCUCUAUGCCAUCUAUCGAUCUAAAAGCGACUCGAUCCAGAAGCCAAUACAUUGUUUGCAUGUCAGUGCAACAUGCUAGCAAAGCCAAGGUUUCAGUUUCACCUUUAUCACUUGAAGAUGCAAAAGAACCUCCCUUGAAUAUCUACAAGCCCAAGGAACCAUACACAGCGACAAUUGUCUCUGUUGAAAGAAUUGUAGGCCCAAAAGCUCCCGGGGAGACUUGUCAUAUUGUCAUUGAUCAUGAUGGCAACCUUCCUUACUGGGAAGGACAAAGUUAUGGUGUCGUUCCUCCUGGUGAAAACCCCAAGAAACCAGGGAGUCCCCACAAUGUUCGUCUAUAUUCAAUUGCAUCCACCAGAUAUGGGGACUCUUUUGAUGGGAAAACGGCCAGCUUGUGUGUCAGACGAGCUGUCUACUAUGAUCCUGAGACAGGAAAAGAAGACCCAUCCAAAAAUGGUGUUUGCAGUAACUUCCUAUGCAAUGCGAAGCCUGGUGACAAAGUGAAGAUCACAGGUCCUUCUGGUAAGAUAAUGCUUCUACCUGAAAAUAAUCCUAAUGCCACACACAUCAUGAUUGGAACUGGAACUGGUGUGGCGCCCUUCAGAGGCUACCUUCGUCGUAUGUUCAUGGAGUCGGUUCCAAUGAAGUUUAAUGGCCUUGCUUGGCUUUUCCUUGGGGUUGCAAACACUGACAGCCUUCUAUACGACGAUGAGUUCACCAAGUAUCUCAAUGACUACCCAGGCAAUUUCAGAUAUGACCGUGCUCUUAGCCGAGAACAAAAGAACAAUAAAGGGGGGAAGAUGUAUGUUCAGGAUAAAAUUGAGGAAUACAGCGAUGAGAUCUUCAAACUUCUGGAUGAAGGGGCCCACAUCUAUUUCUGCGGGUUGAAGGGUAUGAUGCCUGGCAUCCAGGAUACCCUGAAGAGAGUUGCUGAAGAGAGAGGUGAGAGCUGGGAGCAGAAGCUUUCACAACUCAAAAAGAACAAGCAAUGGCAUGUUGAAGUCUACUAAAUAGGAAAUGUUAAUUGUUGCAUUUGUUUGUGAUUGUUGAUUGUUGUCAACUGAACUUAGCAAGCAGUUUAGAUGACACAUUGUAUUGCUAGUUGACAUACAAAUUGUUCAUGUUGCAUGGGAAAUGAAAUAAUAACUGUUGCUGCUUGAGGCAGUUUACCUUG